AUGACCGUCAUGGUCCUAUACAUGGUGUGCGCCUCGGUCGAAUCGUCCGGCGCCCUGGAGUACAUCAAACGCUUCAUGUUCUACGGGUAUCGCCGGUCCGAGCCCUUCCCCCUGACGAUGGGCCGCAUGGUGGUCAUCCUCGGUGUCAUCUCGGCCUUCAUCAACAACACCCCGGUGGUGGCCAUCUUUAUCCCGGUGCUGGAGCAGUUUGCCCGCGAGAAUGGCCUCUCCCCCAGCAAGAUGAUGAUGCCCCUGAGCUUCUGUGUCAUCGUCGGCGGCACGCUCACCAUCAUCGGCACAUCCACCAACCUUGUGGCCCUUGGCAUGGCCAAGCAGCGCGGCAUCGAUGUGGACAUCCAGAUGUUCGAUCUCGGCCGCAUUGGCCUGCCGGUCUUCGUCUCCUGCUGCACGUACCUCAUGGUCUUUUCGGAUCUCCUGCCCUCGCGUGUGACCGCCAGCACCGUGCUCGAAAACCCCCGCGAGUAUCUGGUCUCCGUGCAUGUGCUCAGUGUCAACAACAACACCUCGGUCAAGUCCCUGGAGGGCUCGACCAACGGGGCGGCCCCCGCUGUCACGGCCACCUCCUCGGCCACCACCGUCCCCUCGGCCGUGGAUCACCUCCGGCCCGUGCGCCCGGCCACCGAUGCCGAUGGCAACUCGACCGCCGCCGUCACCGCCGCCAGCCCCGCCGCCACCGCCACCGCCACCGCCACCGCCACCGCCACCGCGGUCACCCCUGCCGCCGGUGCCUCCUCCGCCAGCAACCCCGCUUCCUCGGCUGCCUUCCGCACUGUCGAGCAGGCCGGCCUCCGCCACCUGCCCGGGCUCUUCCUGGUGGAUGUCGUCCGGUCUGGCCUCUCUCUGCCUGCUCCCAGCCCGGAGACCAUCCUCCUGCCGGGUGACGAGCUGGUUUUCGCCGGCGACGUGUCGAAUGUGGCCCAAUUGACCACCCGUGCCCUGGCGCAUGGGCUUGUCCUGGCCGAGGAUCCCCGGCAUCCGGACCUGGAAAACCUGCGCGGCAAUCGCGAGCUGGUGGAGGUGGUCCUCGGUGCCGGUGGAUCCUUCAAGGGCGGCGCCAUCGUCGGGAAGACCGUGCGCGAUGUCGAAUUCCGCACUCGCUUCCAGGCGGCCAUCAUCGCCGUGCACCGUGGCGGUGAGCGUGUUUGCGACCGGCCCACCCCCUACAUGAAGCCCCCGCAGCCCGGCAUGAAGACCCUGCACUCGGUGGACUUCGAGUCCGGUGUCUUCCCGGAGUCCCCGCGCCGGUCGACCGGCAUCAAUGCCGCGGCUUCGACCCCGCUGCCCGGCAUGCGUGGCCGGGCCAAGAGCUUCACCACCCUCCCCUCGGCCAAGGGCUACUCCUUCGAUGGUCCGGCCAUGGGGGACGACUAUGCUGACAGUCCGCUUGUGGCCACCAGCGCCAGUGGGGCGCUGCUGUUGCCGUCGUCACCCCAGUCGCCGGCCGGGCCCCAUGCUCUUUCCACCGAGAGCGGGGUCGGUGGCGGCAGCCGCGCCGGGGCCGGCACCACCAGCGGCGCCGACUCGGCCUUCUUCGAUUCCGGCCGCAAUUCCACCGAUGGCCUGUCCGAUGAGGAGGACUUCACCUCGGACCCGGAGGCCGGCUAUGGCGGCCAGCGGCGCUUCCGUCGGAACCCCAUUGCCGGGGGCGCGGCCUCCUUCCGCCGGGUGCGCACCAACACCCGCCGGCCGAAUGCCGAUUCCAAUGGCGGCAUCGGUGCGGUGGUCCUGCGGCCGGGUGACGCCCUGCUCCUGGUGGCCACGCCCAACUUCCUCAAGACCUACAAGGAUGCCUCGCCCUUGUCUUCGCCCUUUGCCCUGGUCCGGCGCGUGGGUGCCUACCGGCAGCCGACUCCGGCCGAGCUGGACUCCUCCUCGCGCAAUAUCCAUUCCCACCGUGCGGCCCUGCUGCAGGCCAGCGUCGUGGAUCACUACAAGGCCAUCAUCUCCUUCCUGGUGAUCUUGUCCAUCAUCGCGGUGUCGGCCCUGGCCGAGGUGUCGAUUGCCCUGUGCGCCAUGUUCGGCGUCGGGGUGCUCAUGCUGACGGGCUGCCUGUCGGCGGCCCAGGCCCGGCGGUCGCUCAAUCUCGAGGUGAUGAUCAUGAUCGCGGCUGGGUUUGCCCUGUCCGCGGCGCUCAGUAACUCCGGCGCGGCGCAACUCGUGGCCGAGGCCCUGAUCGACUCGGCCUCCAAGGCUGGCUCCCAUGUGCUGUUGAUUUGCUUCUACCUCAUUUGCGUGGUCUUCAACUCGGUGGUCACCAACAACGCCUGCGUGGCCAUCAUGUUCCCCAUCGCCUACACCAUCUACCAGAAGGGCUACUUCCCGAUGGAGGUGAUGCUGUAUGUGCUGAUGUUUGCCAGUUCCGCCGACUUCAUGAGCCCCAUCGGCUACCAGACCAACCUCAUGGUCCAGGCACCUGGUGGAUAUCGGUUCCUGGAUUACACCUGCUUCGGUCUUCCGAUGCAAAUUCUCUCCGGCUUCUUCUGCAUCCUGGUGGUCAUCAACCUUGAUCGCUGGUGGGUCAUCACCCUGUGGAUGACGGCCGUCUGCAUGGUGUUCAUCAUCGUCACCUGCAUUUGGAUCCUGGUCAUCCCGGCCAAGUUCAAGGCGGUGGUUCAACAGAAGGUUGAUCGGGUCACGGCCGCCAUUGCUUGGUUCUUCUCGCCGGUCACUCGUCUUUGCCGGGCCAUUCGUCGUGGCUUCAUUGCCUGCCUGCCGUCGGCCUGGCGGAAGAAGUUCGACAAUGAUGACAACAACGGGGCCGGCUGCACCAGUCACCCUAACAGCUGUGGCGGGGGGUCUUCUUCCUCCCGGGGCGGCGGUGGCAAUGGCGAUGGCUCUUCCUCCAAGAAGUCCAUGUCCGGCGGCGGCGGCAGCAGCGGCGGCGGCGGCGGCGGCAGUGGCAAGAGUGCCAGUGUCGACUCGCAGGGUGCCAUCGAGCUGUCGGAAUUCGGCAGCACCGCCGGCAACAGCGCCACCACCAUGGACGAUGACCUGUCCAUGUCCAAGUCGGCGGCCACCAGCGGCCCGGGCAGCCCGAGCCUCUCAUCCUCCUCUUCGCCCCCUCUGGCGUCUGGUGGCGACACGGUCGGCGAGAGCGCCCUCUCCGCAGGGGGUGCCAUUCAGCUGGAAUCCAUGCCGGUGGUGAUUCUGCCGCCGCCCCCGCCGCCGGCGGCCGUGGGCGUGCCCAUCAUCCUGCCUCCUCCUUCUUCGUAUGAGCAGCAGCCCGUGGCCGAGUCCUACCGGUCGAAUGUCAGUCAUCUGACGGAGAUCUGA